UGUUUGCGUAAUAUUCAGCGUGACGUUUUGUACACCAGCGUCUGUUCGUAACGGGGAAGAUGGCGGCGUCCAAGGUGAAGCAGGACAUGCCUCCUCCGGGGGGUUACGGUCCGGUGGAUUAUAAGAGGAACCUUCCCCGACGUGGUUUCAGUGGCUACACCAUGUUUGCUAUUGGCAUUGGUGCCCUGUUGUUUGGCUACUGGAGAAUCGGCACUUGGAACAGGGAGAGAAGGCGACUCUAUAUUGAAGACCUAGAGACGCGUUUGGCACUGCUACCCCUUUUCCAGGCAGAGUCAGAUCGAAGGACAUUGCGAGUUCUGCGUGAGAACUUGGAGCAAGAAGCCAUUAUCAUGAAAGAUGUCCCAGGCUGGAAGGUUGGAGAAUCUGUCUUCCACACGGACCGCUGGACAACUCCUACACUGAAUGAACUUUACAAUCUCCGUCCACGUGAGGAACUAAUAAAGGAAACCUCUGCUUUUAACUUGCAUGUUUAAGCCACAUUUGAAAAAUGUAUUUAAAUUUGAAAAUAAUAAUAAUAAAAAAAAUCAAAAAAUUUAAAGGUG